ACAGCUGCUUCGUAGACAAUACAAAAGAAACAAAAUCUGCAGAAAUUUAAUUAUUUUGUUAAAAGCUACACGUCCGGCAAAAAUGUCCUCAAACUUCAGGUACACAAUGGUGCGCUCCGUUCGUCCCUACGUUAAAUAUUUGCCACAACUAACGAAACCGGUACUGCGGGUUCUCAUCAAGGUUUCUGUUCAUUAUCUUGAGAGUUCGAAGUGUUCACCCGAAGAACUAGAUUUGGAGUUAACUAAACUCACACAUUCCGGCCAUGAUAUUCCAGAUAACUUUUGUGAACUAUUCGCGGCUGUGCUACAAAUUAUGCAAAUAUUUUUGCGUACACCAAAAGGUAUUGUUAAGGAUCAUGAACUGCGAGACUGCCUUAAGGAACUGCGAUUUACUGAAGAAUGCGUUGAGGACUUGAGCAAAGUGUUGUAUAAUCAUCGUGCCUCCCUAACAAAGAAUUUCAUUGAGGCCAAGACGUCACGUUCAAAACCGAAAAACUUGCAAUGGCGCAUUAAUAUAUCACUGGGCGAGGGCACUUGCAAUGGCAGUAUAAAUGCACCGACCAUCAUACUACAUUUUCAAUUGCCAGACGGCUGCUACCGCACUUUAGAAAUCCCACUUUCUAUGUUCCAUCAACUGCGCUAUAAUGUGGCACUGCUUUUGAGUGAAAUGCAAGCAUUGGAAAGUCGCGCUGUUAUGAAGAAAUUUUAAACCAGUGUAAAUGGUUAUCUUUUCAAAUUGGAAAAUUGCAAUUUAUAUCUAUGCGCAUUUGUACUUUACUGUACGGUAGUGCUGCAACACAGACGAUAUAUUGGAACCACUAUAUAACUAUAUGGUAUAUCUAUUCAAACAACUUACUUUGCUUUGAUAUGGGUUGGCCAAUCAAAAAGUAUUAUAUUUACCUGGUGUUUGUUGCGUUAUUUACCAAUGUAUUUGAUGUAGCUUUGUUAAUUACACCGUUCGAUGUGAGAUUAUUAAAACGUAAAUUUUUGGACAUUAAUUGUUAUAACAAUUGAUGUAAGCGUGAUUAGUAAUACAAAAACCGAGUUGUGCGUAUAAUGUUUUCAAAAGUACAUAUGUAUGUAUAUUCAUAACUAAGAUAGACUUUUAGAUAUGUAGUAGGUUAAAUUAAAUUUACAUUAUACAAUUAUUUGGAUGUGCAUAUGUGCUUUCUAUGUACUAUAUGUAACAAUAAAUAUUCAUUGUACUAGCAAAUGAAA